UUCGCGAUUUGAUUUUUAUUUGCGUUUUCUCUACACUACCCCUCCCUCCUAACCCUUCUUAUCCCCUCACUCUCUCCCAAACCUCACAACCCAACCCAACCCAAAGCAACGCGCUUUCCAUUUCUCUUCUCUCAAGAAAACCCUUACCUUCUUUGCCGACUCAAACCGAGUCUUCGUGUUUUUGCCACUGCUUCAGGUCCAUUCUCUUCUCUAUCACUAUGCCGAAGGCCAAAGCUAAAGCUGACGCCAAAGCUUCCGAUAACCGGUUGAAGCGCAAGGGCGCUGGUGCUGGAAGGAAACAAUCGAAGAAAGCUGCUAAGGAUCCUAACAAGCCGAAGAGGCCUCCAAGUGCUUUUUUCGUCUUUAUGUCUGAGUUCAGAGAGCUGUACAAGAAGGAGCAUCCCAACAACAAAUCUGUUGCAGUUGUAGGGAAAGCUGGCGGUGACAAAUGGAAAUCCAUGUCUGAUGCUGAGAAGGCUCCCUUCGUUGCUAGGGCAGAAAAGAAGAAAGAAGAGUAUGAUAAAACCAUUUUGGCCUACAACAAGAAAUUGGAGGGCAAGAGUCCCUCAGAGGAAGAGGAGUCUGACAAGUCGAAGUCUGAAGUUAAUGAUGAGGAGGAAGAGGAGGAGGAGGACGAUGAUGAGUGAAGUUGCUGGGGACAAAGGAUGUGGGGAUAAAAAUUGUUUUGCAUAGGUUGGCGUAGAAAUUGAUAGGAGGAUGUAUCCAACCCACAUCUGUUCUCUGAUAAUUAGUUUCUGAAUUCUUAUUUUGUUAUCGCUAGGUUUAGAUUAGUGCACAAUCCCGAUAGGGUUCAGUAUCAUGAUCCUGUACCUAAAGUCAAUGCUAUGAUACGUUUAAAUUCUAUUCUCGAUGAAAUGUCACAGCCUCUUCUAUUUUAAAAAGCCUUUGAUUUUUGUCCUUAUUACAAGGCCUUUUGUUGAAGAUGGGAUCUUUUCAUUGUUUAGAACCGCAGAAUAUUUUAAAACUCAGUUGUUUGAAUUACACCUCAACAAGUUUGAACUUUUAUUGCUCUUUCCUGCACGUUUUCUUUGAGCUAGAGCUGUCGCACCCACCAGUGGGAUUCGCGCCAGCGCCGAGUCAUGUGACCAUUGCAAUAUCUAAUUCACUUAAUACCGUGUCACCAUUGCAAUUUCAAAGUUCUUUUCCAAACAAUCGUCAUGAUGGUUUUCAGUAUUUAGAACAUUGUUGAUUAUGCUAUUUCAGUUGAUUUGCCAAAGCAAUUUGGCCUUGGCAGUUUGAACUCAUCUAUUGCAGCUCAUUGACCUUAAAUUUGGGUGAUUGUGUUGGAAAAAUAGUUGAUUAAUGAUCUUGCUUUCAGUUGAUC